UAUUAUAGAAGACAUCUUUCGUUUCAGAUCACAGUAAAAUGGAGUCACAGUCAGAUUCUAGAAAUGGUCCAGUUUUCAAUAUGGAAAACUGUCCAAUCACAGAGGGACUCGGGAUUCAACGUUCAGAUGACAAGAAAGUUAAUGGAAUCGGAAAUGGAGAAAUGAUACGUCGAAUUAAGAAUAUUCCUGUAUUGGAGGAAAGAAGACUCCUUGCGCUAGAGAGACACAUCAAGCGUAAACGGAGGAGACGGCCGCACGUCAAAAAGAUGAAGAGUUCGGAGAAAACAGAGCAUCUUGACAAAACCAUGGGGGCUCCCAAUGGAAAAAUGUCAUACGAUUUGAGUCAGAAUGAAAUUGAGGGUACAGGGAUGGCAGUUUCAGAGAAAGACGAGGAGAAGCCAAAUGGCAAGAUUGAGAAUUCUGUGGUUCAAUUCCCAAAGAUGGACGUCGAAGAAGACGAGCAACAGGGUGUACAGUUUGAUAAGUUGGUUGAAUACUUACUUGACGAAGUAAAAUCAGAAAUAAUAAAGAGAGUUGAAGAUGGAUUAAAGAGCAAGAGCGAAGUAAACCAGUCGGAGUUUGAAGAGGAAGGUCAUAUCAUAAAGGAUGAAGGGGCUGAUAUGGAGGUGAAGCAAGAAAACGAAGAAAAUUUCACUUCCGUGAAAGAAGUAAAUACUUCGCUGUCUGAAGAUGCUGGGCACGUUGAUGAUGAAGGCUUGAAGAAAGAGAGAGAGAACUUUCAUGAUGAAGGGCAUAAAAAUUUGGAAAGAGCGAAGGACAGUGAAAACAAAAUUGUUGAUAUCGGAGAUGAAAAAGCCGAACACAGUCUCAACGGGUCAAGGACUGGAUCAAAGGAGCCGAAACCAAAAGAUCCUGAAUUGGAAGCUGUAGAAACCAAUCAGCUCUUAAAAGAAGAAAGAGAAAUUGAAAAGACUGGUUUCAAUGUAAGUAACAAGAUUGUCCUCGAUGACGAUGGGGAUGACGAUGAUGAUGAUGAUGAUGAUGGCUUCAUGCCAAGAAAAUUGUUUUUCUUCAGCUUUUCUGAAUUCAAGAAAGAAGAAGCCUCCGCAUAAUGGAAGAAUACGAAUUAUCAGCAUAAACAACAUUCCACAUUUUAAGGCUAAUUUGUUAAAUAAUGAUACAAGUUCAAGAAAUAAAAUAUGAUAUUAUUCUUUA